GAUUGCGGUUUCGCGCCCCGCGCGUCCUCCUCCCUCAGGCGUGUCACGCGCGCCUUCGACCCCAGCUGCUCUCUCGCGCGCGUGCCGCCCCGCCUUUCCGCAUGCCUCGAGGCAUAAGGCCUCGCAGACGCGUGCCUUGUCUGCGCACGACCUUUUCGUGCGCUCGCUCGUCCGGCCCAUACUGUGCACAUCGUUACCAAUCGCCUGCGUGCAUCCGCCCGUGCCUUUCACCCACACACCCGUGCACUGGCCAUUACCAUUCGCCCCGCGUGCACUAUGCUCGAGUGCUAUUUUUGCCUUGUUAUAAUUUUGCGUUUGAUUAUGUUGAUCUUUUCAAUAUUCAGAUGUCGCCUCGUAGAGAACUAGGUCAUCAGGAGGUCCCCCAGGCCACAGUAGUCGCACAAUUUCGCGACUAUCACCCAGAAAAAUUCUCCGGCCAGGGAGAUCCUUGUAUCGUGGACGAAUGGGUCCAAGGCCUUGAAAUGAUUUUCGAGGUCAUGGACUGUACAGAUCGCUAUCGUGUUUUAUGCGCACAUCUUCAGGUGACCGGUGAUGCUCGACUCUGGUGGAAUGCUUACUGGAGUAUGCGUCCUGGCGAAAAGGACGGUUGUACCUGGGACAUGUGCAAGGAGUUGAUUUGUGAGAAUUACUAUCCCACGUACUACCGAGCAGAGAUGGAGCGUCAGUUCCUGGCGCUCAAACAGGGUACUCGUUCCGUAGAUGAGUACGAGAGGGAAUUCACUAGACUCGGGGCCUUUAUUCCCGACCUA